AUGUUUCCGACCAGGGUAGUUAGGCCUCAUGACUACAGCAAGUGGGACGGCAUCGCGCAGUCCCUGGAUGAAGAGGCUGACGCGGAGGACCCGAUGGCCUGGCCGGUCUGCCAGGAGAUCCCGUGGCACACUGUCGGGCCUUUGGUCGACCGCGUCCUGGAUGAGCACUUCGGACCGGAGAAGGCCGAACAGCGGCCGAGCGGUCCCAGCCUUGAAAACAAGGUGCAGGUGCCCGUCUCUCCCAGCACGGAGCCAGCAGGCACAGAUCGGAAUUUGCUGGAACAGCUGCGCUUCCUGAAGCAUCUCAAGCUGCUUCCGCUGCCACAGUACGCCGUGUGCCAUUGA